AUGGACGAACUACAGAAACCACACGUGGCGGUGUUGCCGUUUCCUGCACUGGGUCACUACAUUCCUCUGUUGGAGCUCUCAAGGCUUGUUGCCUCCCAGCAGCUGACGGUCAGCUAUGUCACCACGCCCGCCAACGUACCCCGUCUGCAAGACUUCGUCAAUGAAGCUGUAAACUGCGGUAUCGAUCUUCGCCUGCUAAUCCUUCCUACGCCACACGUGGAAGGCCUGCCAGAGGGCCGAGAAAGCUCCGACGUUUGUACACCGGAGUCCCAUGGCAGCAUAUUUGCGCUGGCCAACAAGCUUCAACAACCCUUCGAUGCUUGGAUGGAACAACAGGGACUGGCGGCGCCGCCAAUCUGUGUUGUGUUCGAUUCGUUCAUGGGAUGGGCGCGACAGAGCGCCGAGAAGUUUUCGAUUUCUUGCGUGGAGUUUAAUCCGUGCGGAGCGUUUGGAGUGAGCGGGUCCAACUCAGCCUCUCGCUCUAUCAUGCAGCGGGCGUUAGAGAAACAAAGGGAGGACUAUGUUGUGUUGAGCCUGGAUCUUCCCAGGCCCCUCAGAUUUAAAAGGAAUGAGAUAAACCAAGACUACUGGAGUGUAGACGAGAUGAAUCCGAUCACGAAGUUCCUUUUGCCCAUGUUACAGAUCGUCGGUAAAGGCCGUGGGUCGGGAUUGAUACUUAAUACCUUCGAGGAGUUGGAGUCUGCGUAUGUCCAGCACCUGAGAAACCUGACGGGGAAGCCAGUGUGGGCAAUAGGACCCCUGCUUCCGAUUAGUUAUUUCAGCGGAGCAUUGGGUAAUAGGGUUAGCACGCGCGGGAAAAUGGCGGACAUCGCGGCAGAUGAGCUCGUGCAGUGGCUGGAUUCUCAGAGCGCCGGAUCCGUUGUGUACGUUUCGUUUGGGAGCGUGAUCAACCUUUCAAAAGAACAAACAAAGGCCUUGGCAAGAGGGCUGGAAGGCAGCCAACAGCCCUUCGUUUGGGCUAUCAAAGUUACGGAAUCAGAGAGCUCAGGAAAGGCAGAGUAUCUUCCGGAGGGCUUUCUGGAGCGAACAAAGCACCGAGGGGUGGUCAUAUGGGGUUGGGCGCCGCAGCUCUUGAUUCUUUCCCAUGCAUCCGUUGGCGCCUUCUUGAACCACUGUGGAUGGAACUCUACGCUCGAGAGCUUAAGCCUUGGAGUUCCCAUAGCCGGAUGGCCUAUGUUUGCGGACCACUUUUUUAAUAUGAGAAUUCUGGCGGAAAUGGGUGUGGGGAUUCAGUUGUGUGAACAUCUCGGUGGGGUUCCAGACGAAGUAAAGGUGACGGAGGUUUUAAGGCAGGUGUUUAGUGAUGACAAAGGUAAACAGAUGCGAACAGCUGCGCAGAAGGUCAAGGAGAUGGCCCGAAAAGCUGUUGGAGAUGGAGGAUCUUCGAAAGUAAAUGUCCAGGGUUUCGCAAGUGAAAUGCGCAAGCUGCUGAAGACGAGACAAGAACAAUCAAGUUUGCCCUAA